AUGACUGGAGGAAAAUCUGCUGGAGGAAAGGCGGGAACUACCAAGAACGCUCAAUCCCGUUCAUCCAAGGCCGGUCUCGCAUUCCCAGUUGGUCGUGUUCACCGUCUUCUCCGAAAGGGCAACUACGCCCAACGUGUUGGUGCUGGUGCCCCUGUCUACCUCGCUGCUGUUCUUGAGUACCUCGCGGCUGAAAUCC